AUGUGGUCAAGAGUUAGUGUGCUGACACUGGACCUCACCUAUCCCCAGUGUGCUGAGGACUACGAGAUUCAGUUCUCAGAUAAGCUCUGGAGCUGGUUCUCCACAAAGGAAGUGGAGACUGACCGGCCCCCCCACCUGGGUGGGGUCUGGCGGCAGCUCCCUAGCCAGGACCGGAAAGUCAGGCCUGCCAUUGUGACAUCCGCAGCCAGCUUCAGCUUUAGCUCGCGCCGCGGCGUGGGAAGCCCACAGCAGCGGCCCCGCAGAGGCGGGAGCGGGGCCAUGGCUGAGGUGGCUGGGCCCACUGGUGAUCCCAAAGCCAUUGAAGUUAAAACCCAGCUGGGCGCCGAAAAAACCCUGACGACACCGCCCAGGAGGGGCCCGCGCUCGGUGCUCAAAGUCUCCCAGCUGUUGCUCCGAGCCAUCACUGCGCACAAAGGGCUGACCCUUGCUGCCCUCAAGAAGGAGUUUGGAAAUGCUGGCUACGAAGUGCGCAGGAAGUGCUGCCGCCCCUCGGGCGAAGCACCCAAGUCUGAUGUGAAGGGCACGCUUCUGCGGGUCAGCGGCAGGGACGCCUCGGGCUACUUCAGGGUCUGGAAGACUCCGAAGCCCAAGAGAAAGCCAGGACGCCCGAGGUUGGCGGAGGGCGCGCGCUCUUCGCGGAGGAGCCUUCCGGCGCCGCGGAGCCCACGGAGGCGCAGCACGCAUCGCAGGGCGGCCAAGAAGGCCAGGGAAGUAUGGAGACGGAGCACCAGGGCAAACGCGAGGGUGCGGAAGAUAAGGGCAAGAGCCAAGGACUCGGUGCGUUCCAGAGCCAGGGAGGAAGCGAGGGCUAAGGUGAUGGAGGAGAGGAAAGGACGGACCCUGAAGGAAGACAACAGGCCUAGGACCCGGGAAGAGAGGAGCAGGCCAGGCUUGAAGCCCAGGGAAGAGAAGCAGCAAGACCAGGAGAAGCCGGUAAAACGCACCCUCCAGAAGACAACCUUGGUGAAGACUGACCGCAAUUCUAGCAGUCAGGGGAAGACUCAUGAGCCAAGGGCUGCCCGCACAAAGACUUCCAUGAAAUGUGAAAGUGCUCGGAAUGCAGCCGGGUGCCUGUAGGGUGGGAGCAAUUGCCCUUCAUCCAGACACAGAUGCCUUUCCUGUAGGCUCUAAUCAGAGCAGCUCUCACACACUGAAGUGGACAAGACUAUAUACAAGACCUUUCCACUA